CUACUUGGAGGAAUGAAUCGAAUGAAUCAAUCAUCGACCCCAUAAAAAAUGAAAAGCACCUUUGGUAAAAGUACGGUAACCAGUGCUGGGUACUCGUACUCGUACGAGUACCAUACGCUUGGAAGUGGCGUCGGUCUUCACACAAAGUCGACUCCGCUGGUUCAUCUUGAAAUAUUGACUGGGGGUACAGUGCAGGGAUUGAGUUGGACUGAGCAACGCCUAGCCCAAGAGCUUGAUGUGAAGGGAAACAAUGGUGAAAUUUACAAUAAACGAUGAUAACGAUUCAAACAGGCACGACAUCAUAGAAUCUUUCGAGGCCUUGGACACAAGCAAGACUGGACGCAUCGGGGUUGACCUGGCUUAUACGCUCUUGUUAGGUCUGGGGUAUAUGUCCGAUUACAAAAGAAAAGACGACUUUACUCUGACCACACUGGAAAAAAGUGCAAGACGAAUCGAAAGGGCAGACUGUGAAGACUACGACGAGGCAGAUUUUGAGUCCGGGAUAAAAUUGGAGACGUUGUUGACUAUCGUUGCUACGGUGCGUGCAUUUCGCGAUGGAUAUUCUCCUAUGCUCGACAGAUAUUCGUUAGCUUACCUAUUUUGUUGAACUAUUUUUCAACCUAAAACCUUGUCGUAGCAUCCUUCGCUUUCAGAAAAAAAUCAUUCAAAUACGUUCGCUCAAAGGACAUUCAAACUGAUAGAUGGGAAUGGAAAAGGAUAUUUAGAUUCAUCAGAUUUGAUACGCCUAGGGGAUAGGGUGGGGAAUUUAACAUCGGGGAAACAUCAGAUACGACAGUACAAUGAUAUUGCAAUAUCCGAGACUCAGGCUUGCGAUAUGAUAGAGACAACCAACCAGAUGUUCGCAGAAAAAGGAACGGAGAGUAAGAAGGAAAAUGACAAUCGCAAACGACUCUAUUCCACUACCUUUGAAAAACUGUUCGCAUCUCCUACGACUUGAGAUUCGUUUUCAUAGCGAAGUGGUUGCAUGUCAAAGAAUACCGAGUAGAUUAUAGAAUCGCUGCACAUUUGUAUUAGCUAUGCGGCCGCAGAUAUUGCUCUUAACAUUCCA